CAUCUAUGGCGCUGGUUUGGGGUCUCCGGUUGUUUACCACCUCAGAUCCGCCGCGGCUGGCGGUGGGGCACCGCCGCAGGAGGCCGUGUUGGAGUCGGUGCCGGUGGCGGGUCAUGGAAAUGGGAGGGCUGCAGCCAAGACAUUGAGGCUGUUUGGGGUGAACAUGGAAUGCGCCGUGUCGGAGGAACACUCGGAUGAAUGCGACGUAACAACGUCGUCGUCCGAAUUCCGUCUUUACAAUGGAAUGCCAAUGUCGAUGUCAUUGCCAAUGCCGACGCCGAACAACAACGACAUCAUCCCGACUACUGACUUUUUCGGAAAAGGGAAGUCGUCGAUGUCGUCGUCCUUUGAUUUUGGUACCUGACAAACUCAAUCACUUCUCCAGAAACAUUUGGACAACAAUAGAGAGAGGAUCAAAACAGGCCUUUUGGAUUAGACCUCGUGGACAAGAGUUUCAGAGAGGCUUUGCUGUUAACGGAAAUGUGCUGAUUGCUGUCUCUACUUGGUUGGACAAAAUGGCAAAGCCCAUGCAGGUUUUGGCAGAGAAAAAAAAGUUGCAGAGAUAUAUAGCUGCUCUUUUAAAAGUUUUUGGAUGGAUGGCAGUGGGAAGCAAUAAUAUUGGUGUUUUUCCUGGUUUUUUUUGGUUGACUCACUCACUCACAAACUAGCUUGGUGUGUUGUUCUUAUAGGUUUUUGAGAUCUUUCCAAAUUGUGGCUAUAUAUAUAUAUAUAUAUAUAUAUAUAUGAAAUCUCUGUGUAAAAACUAGUACAUGAUUUGAAGUUUCCUCAUAAACUAUAUUAUUAUAUUAGUAAAAUAUUCAACUAAAUUUUUUUUUAGGACAGCUUACACACAUCUAUACUAAUAUCAGGGAACAACUGUGACUUCUACUA